GUGCUGUGUCAAGUCACUCCUUCCUUGGGCAUCAGGAUCCCAACUUUUUUUCAGCCAGAACUACAGUCAAACACAUCACUUACAAAGCAAUCUUCCGGUUAGCAUAGAUUGCUGAAUUAAAGAAAGGACUGUUCCGCCAUCGUUCUUUCAUAAUGGACAUUCCCUUCACUACUCCAUACCCCUUCCUAUAAGACCCACCAACUGCAAAGCGCUCGUCGACUUCACUCCCCGUUUGGCCCCUUUCACAAAGAAGCAAUAGCCCAUGGGGCUUUAGCAGAAUCCAAGUGUACCCUGCAAGAUUCAAUCGUGUUUGGUCUACUUUUUGCUGCUAUACUACUAUUGUCAGAAUAUUCAUCUGAAUGACUAUUUCUUUCGCUCUAUGAGAUCUUAGAGAUGUCGCGCACUCCAAAGAAAACCCCUCGUUCCGGAGCCGCCAGAAGAUUAAACGGCGGCAAAAAGAUCCUCGGGAGAAGUGCGAUCACCCCGAGAUCGCCCCGGUCCAUCUUAGCCCAGGCUCGCAGGAACAGUCUUCUAAAGAAACGAGACCGUGGCGACUUUGUCGGCGUUGCAAAGAGCAGCAAGACCGAGCGCGGAAGUCCCAAAGUAGGGAGGUAUGCCAGACUGAGUAUACUUCCACCAUCAACCGAGCCACUAGAAAAGAACUGUUUUGAACGGGAGGCUUCUCCUGCGCGCUAUGUGUUUGUUCCCAAGGGAGACGUUUACAUUACUCGCCAUUGCCGAAGUAAGACAAAGGAGUCUGGUCAGGUUGUCUACAUGGUUUAUGAUAAUCGAGGCAAAAACACUCUUGGCCUCCGCGUCCCCGCUGAUGUCCAUGCGGCCGUCCUCCAGUCUGCAGCUGAAACAGCCGAGUCACGCGCCCACGCCGUUAAGCUUCGUGACGACAAAGAUUCGGGCCGGGCCCGCGAGCUAUUGCGCACUCACUUUCCGUUGAUGCCGGAGGAUUCGUUGAACACUGUUCUUCAGCAUGCUUUUCUCAAGGGCACUGGGCGUGUCGGGCGGGUCUCCAAGUUAUCGGAUGAACGUAAGGCGAACUUGGCUGUUGAGGCUCAUAUUCGGCACACCCAUACUCUCUACGAAUCGCUCCUGAAGUCCGGGAAGGGGCGCGACCUGGCUCGGAAAGCGACCAGGGAGGUGGUUCAGGCUAUCAAGACCACCUGGGCGGGUGGCAGUGUCCAGCCAACGGACUGUCUCACUAUGCGCAGUCGACUGGAGUAGUGCACCGAUCGAAGAUAAGCGAAGCCCUACGCUAUUUCUUCCUUUUAACCAGUUGGCUGCAAUUGAUUUGGUUUUAACAUUCAUGUGCGAGGUCGCAACACCUUGCAUGAUUGCAGCGUUUCGUUCUGUUUGGCGUACUAUGAGCAGCAUGAUGAUUAUGACGCAUUUAUGAUUAGAUUAACUAUAGACUAGACGCUCGAGCUAAUACCGCAAUCUUUUAAUUCAAGGCAUUCUUGAC